UAUGAAGUGCUUUGCCAAAUAAGCAAGUUUUAGAGAAUAUAUAUAUAUCCUUACAUAUAUUACAAGAUAGAUUUAUAGAUAUAAAGACAACAGAUAAUCAAAUGUGCUCGAAAGCCUUGCAUGGACUAUAAUGUUAUUAUUUCUAAAUAAAAGUCGUCGAAAUUUUCAUCAGACCGACACAACCUAAAGGAUAUUGCUAUUUUAUGAGUAAACAAAUUAGAAGUAACACAUUCUACUAUUCUCAGACAACACAUGGAAAUGGCGUUUAUUAGCAGCUUCGCGUGAAUUCAUUUAUUAAAAAAAUUCUAAUUAUAUUGUCACAAGCUAAUAAAAAUUUCAAUGCAAACCUCUUUGAAGCCUGUGUUAGGCUUGUCAGCCACAAGUCUUAUAAGUGCAUCCAGCGGUGGAAGUACUGGUAGCGCAAAUGCUUCAUCUAGUCAACCAACAAUAUCAGCUACGCUCACAGCAGUGCACAAAAUGGAAUCUGAAUUACGGUGUCCAUCAUGCAGACGAUUUUUUCAGUGUCCUUUACUGUUACCUUGCGGACAUUCUCUUUGUAAUCAGUGUGCAGCUGGGGCAUUGCUACCUGCUAAUGAACCGAGUAUUGCAGCUUCCAUUACGGCUGCAUUACACCUAACGACUAAUGAAAACUUUAGUUCUAGUAGUGGUCCUCCCCAGUCGUCAUCUUCAUCUUCAUCUACAACUGGAAGCAGCAUUGGUUGCCCGAGUACAUCAAAUUCUCAAGAUUCUGAUCAAGUUAGUGUUCUAAGUGAAACAGAUUCUGGAGUUAUUGUUAGCAGUCGACCAGGUAGUUAUGUAGCAAGAUUACCAGUUGUAAUAUGUUCAUUAACCUCAGGUUUGAAUCCUAGUCAGAGCUAUAGUGUUUCUUCGUCUUCAAUAAGUCAGGUGUCAAGUGGUUUGAUAUGUCCAGUAUGUAAUCACGUAGUUGGUCUAUUUGAUGAUAAAGGAUUAAGUCAUCUUCCAAGAAAUCGUGCACUAGAACGAAUUAUAUCAAAAUUUGUCAAUCCGAGUCAAUUGCAGCAGUCUCAUAAGUCCAAUGCAGAUUUAGAACCUUUUCUGUUAAAUUCCAAUUCAGAUCCAAUCAGUCGACCAGGUGGACCACUUUGCCAACUCUGUGAAGAACCUAGUAUCCCAUCAGAAAACCAAACAGCCUCAGAUGGCAAUAAAUUAGAGGCAAGUGAACAAAAUUGUCUAGCCACAUUUUGGUGUGAACAAUGUGAAAUUUUCUAUUGUACACGAUGUCGUGAAAAGUGUCAUCCACCACGUGGACCACUGAAUCGUCAUGCAUUACAUUCAGCGACACAAGGUGUGGAAAUAAUCAGACAAAAACAGCGUAAUCAACCUACACCAUGCAUGUCACAUUUAAAUUUAAUACCAAAUCUUUAUUGUGUUAACUGUCAUAUACCAGUGUGCAAUGAAUGUAUCAGUGCGGAUAAUUCACAAACAUUUGAAACACAUUCAAAACAUGAAAUACUUCCACUGCUCGGAGUUUGUAAAUCCCGCAAAACUGAACUAUCGCAAUCGCUUCAGGCUCUUUCCGAAAGGGCUCGAUCGGCUACAGAACACAUACAACGUCUGAGAUCUAAAUCGGAAACUGUAAAAAGAAAUCUGGCAGAUUCAGAAAAAGAACUUAUGGAACAGUUGAACAGUUUGAUUGCUGCAAUUGAGACAAAAAAGCAAGAAUUAACAGAACGUUUACGUGAUGAGCGAGCAAAAAAAGUUCAUUCAUUAAAGGAUCAAAUAAAUCGAGUUACCUCACUAUUAACUAAAUCAACUGGCCUUAUUCAGUUUUGUAUUGAAAUGUUAAAAGAAAGUGAUCCAUCCGCUUUUCUUCUGGUUUCUCAGUCACUUAUAUCAAGAACACAAAGUGCAGAACAAACAUUCAUUCAAGAACUACAGCAUACCUCUUCCGUUAAUGAUAUCACUGGUUCACUGUUGUCACUUGCAUUAUCAUCAAGUAAAGAUUACUCACAUCAUUCCCCAAAGAAGAGAUCGAGUGGUGGAGGAAACACCAGUAGUCCAAAGUAUUCAAAUAAAACAAGUGAUCUCUUAGGAGUGAAUAGUGUUGAAGCAAUACGUCGGGCAAUUUUAAAUUUAGGCCUGGAAGAAGAUCAAAAUAUGAAAAGAUCUGAAUAUUUUCAACUUAUCAAUCAAAAAAUUAACGAUGUUCCAGCUGCACCAGUUUUUCUUGUAGAUGAAUGUAUUUCUGAACGGAAUGUAAUAACUCUUGUAUGGCAGUCAACAUCAUCUAUACCUAUUGAUCGUUACACACUGGAGUUGGACGACGGGGCAGGUGGAAAUUUUAGGAAAGUUUAUCGUGGAGCAGAAACUAUGUGCACUGUAGAAGGACUGCACUUUCGUUCUGUAUAUCGUGCACGUGUGAAGGCACACAAUCAAGCUGGAGAAAGUCAAUACAGUGAUCGAAUAUGUUUACAAACGUCAGACUUUACCUGGUUUCAUCUGGAUAUUACCACUGCUGUACCAGACAUUUUGCUUACAAACGGAAAUCGUACUGUGACAAGUCAGUUAUCUGAAGACAGAGUGAUUCUUGGUUCCACUGGUCUAUCAAGAGGUGUGCAUUAUUGGGAAUUUACAGUGGAUCGUUGUGAUCCCGGUGGACAGCCUGCAUUUGGAAUUGCUAGACAUGACUGUAAUAAAGAAAUUAUGCUUGACAGAAGACUAAAUGUAAAAGCUUCACGAAUGCGGUGACAGUUUUUAUUUAUUCCCUUCAAGAAGAUGUCAUUUUUUCAGUCAACGCAGAUACAUGGAAAAAAUAUUGAGCUCCAAUUCUUUUAAUUACCAUAUUUUUGACUUAAGAGUUGGAGUUAAAUAAUUGUCUUGAUAUGAAAAGUUGGUCAGUUUAUUUCGAUUACAAACGAAGUUGGUUUCUGCAUAAUGGUGAACAUUUUGAACGUACAGAUGGUGGAAUAAACGCAGGAAGUGUAGUUGGAAUUCGUUUGGAUUGUAACAGGGGCAGUUUAUCUUAUUAUUUAAAUGAUCAACCACAUGGUCCAAUAGCUUUUACGAAUUUACCAGGUGGAAUUUAUUAUCCAGCUGUUAGUUUAUCAAGAGCAAUUCAAUUGACACUGCAUUCUGGUUUGGAAGCUCCUAGUGAAAGUGAAGAAAGUGAUGAAGACAGUUCUGGUGGUGGAACAGGAACUGAAACUACUUCUAUGGCAACCACUGUUUUAACCUUACCCUCAACAUUACAGAGUAUGGGUUUAAGGCAAUAAAUAUGUUACUAUAGCAACAAUAAAUGAUUUUUUCAACAAAUUCACUUGGUAAUAUUCAGUCGACAGUCAACAAAUAACGCCCGUGCUCACAACACUCUCUAUUGGAUGGAAUACAAACAACAAAAGUCAAGCUCAUUUUAUCAAGUGAAUAUAACUUCAAGAAAAGCAGCUCACAAAGAGUAAAAUCCUCUUUCUCUGACAUUUUGAUAUAUACAUUUUUAUGUGAUGCAAAUUACACAUUCAAUAAGAUAUUUGUACAAAAAAAACACAAAACAACAACAAUAAACAAAAUAUUGAUGAAUUUAUUUCUAGACAAUCACUUGUCUUCUUUGGUCUACAACAUUUAAACUAUUCUAUAUUUGUUCCUUCUUUUGUUUUGCAUAUUCCCACUAAUGUUUUUGUAUACAUUGACAGCAGUUACACAGAAGAUUCAUUCAUAUUUGUGGUAAGACUGGUACUCACACUGAAAUUAAUUGCUAGAAUUAAAAGGAUAAGCGAAUUAAUGGGUUGAGUUAUAAUACUCUACUGACAAUGAACUCUGAAACUUGUUCACUUAUCAAUUUUUGUUUCUGAAUACCUGAAUAAAGUUCAAAAUUAGCAAAUGAGAAAGAAAAAAGAAAGUUAUGCAUCAUAAUUAGUUUGUUUGAUUUGCAAUUUGUUGGAUGUUUUAGAAAACAGCAACAAUAAAGAAAGAAUUCUAACAAAUAGAUUAUUUACUAUUACUAUUAUUAAUAUUAUGCGAGAUAUCAAAGCGAAAGAAAAGCUUUGUUUAAAAAUUCUUGUUCAUAAAAAUUGUCUAUAUUUGAAUUUCAUUUAUUUUUUUCAAUAUAUAAAAAAACAUGACUAUAGGGGAUAAACUGAUCUAUGUUCUCUUAAAACAAACUUACACCAUCCAUUGUUUUGUCUGAUGUUUUUUCUUUUAUAUUCGCAUGUUAAUUAUUUGUAAAAGCAUUUCCUGCAAAACUCUAGUCAGUGUUAUAUCAGCUUUGUUGUGUUCCAGUUUUUUCGUUUUAUACUUUGACUACGUCACUAAAUAUAUAUGUAUAUAUCAGUGUAUAACUGAUAUAUAUAACUUUUUGAAUAAGCCUCCACAGGUAUCAUUUGUAUUCAUAAAAAAAGUUAAGCAUUUAAAUCUGUUUCCUUGUUGUUUGAGGCCAUUUUAAAUUGUCAUUUCCUUUCAGUGUGUGUGUAUACAUUUCUAUGUAUGUGUAUAUGUGCGUGUGUGUGUGUGUGUGCUCAUUUGUAAAAAUAAUUAUAGAAUGUAACAAUCAGUAAGAUUCAAUAAUCUUCUUUAAAAUUAUGAAUAUGUUUGUUGUCGAUAUCUAUUUGUUGUUUUUCUACAUUUGAGAUUUUAUUGUGAAUGUUUUUCCACCGUCCCAGCUAACUUCACAA